CGAAACUACAUUUCCCACAAUGCUUUUCUCGACGUAUUAACAGCUGACUGUCGAGUCCUGCUUCAUGGCGAGUCGGAUCUCAGUGGAAAGUUAUGUGUGAGAUGGAGUGCAGGAGGAAACACUCAAGCCGGUCGAACAGUGGAAGUGGUGAAGACUCUCUGGACAGACUCCUCCCUGCGGUCAGCACUUCUCGCAGGAAAAGCAGCACUCUGGGUAAAACCGAACCUCCACUGCUCCGCACCGGCACACGUACCAUCUACACAGCCAGCAGACCGCCCUGGUACAAUGAACAUGGAGCACAGUUUAAAGAGGCCUUUGUUAUUGGUCUGUGCGGUGGCAGUGCAUCUGGAAAAACUUCUGUAUCCAAUAAAAUCAUUGAAGCUUUGGAUGUUCCUUGGGUGGUUUUGCUAUCUAUGGACUCAUUCUAUAAGGUUCUGUCUCCAGAGGAACAAGCUCUGGCUGCCCGUAACGACUAUAACUUUGACCAUCCUGGAGCUUUCGACUUUGAGCUGCUUGUGACCACGCUGCAGAAACUUAAACAGGGAAAAAGUGUAAAAAUCCCAGUCUAUGACUUCACUACACAUGGACGCCAGAAAGACUGGAAAAAUGUUUAUGGUGCCAGCGUCAUUAUCUUUGAAGGCAUCUUGUCCUUUGCCGACAAAGAGCUCUUGCAGCUGAUGGACAUGAAGAUUUUUGUAGAUACAGAUUCAGAUAUCCGGCUGGUACGGCGGCUGAGGAGGGACAUCACAGAGAGAGGCCGGGACAUUGAGGGAGUCAUUAAACAAUAUAACAAAUUUGUAAAACCAGCCUUCGAGCAGUACAUCGAACCCACCAUGAGACUUGCAGACAUUGUAGUGCCACGUGGUGGAGGUAACAUGGUGGCUAUUGACCUGAUCGUUCAGCAUGUUCACAGCCAGCUAGAAGAGCGUGAGAUUAGUGUCAGGGCACUCCUGGCCACGGCCCAUCAGUCCCAGCCGCUUCCUCAGACUCUCAGUGUAUUGGAAAGCACACCACAGGUCCGCGGUCUGCACACCAUUAUCAGGAACAAAGACACCAGCCGUGAUGAGUUCAUCUUCUACUCAAAGAGACUGAUGCGGUUGCUUAUUGAAUAUGCGCUGUCUUUCUUGCCCUCCAAGGUGUGUGGGUCCCUUCACAAACCCUAUAUGUCCGUUUUGCCUGAUGGUCUCUGUCUCCGUGGUAACGGAGAUCUCCUGACUCCUCAGUUUCAUUCUUUUUGGUGGCUGUGGUUACCGCUUUCUCACUUAGUUUCCGUGGUAACUAAGACCCCCCCCCCCCCCCCCCCCCCGCCCUCCAUUUAGCUGCACUACCUGCGACUGCCCAGAGACAUCAGUGAGGACCAUGUGAUACUGAUGGACAGCACCGUUUCCACAGGAGCAGCGGCCAUGAUGGCAGUGAGGGUGUUGCUGGACCAUGAUGUCCAGGAAGACAAGGUUUUGUUGGUGUCUCUGUUGAUGGCGGAGCUGGGUGUUCACUCAGUGGCUUACGCCUUCCCUCGUGUCAAAAUCAUCACCACUGCUGUGGACAAGAGUCUAGAUGACCUCCUUCAUGUCAUUCCAGGCAUAGGAGACUUUGGUGACCGUUACUUUGGGACAGAUGGGAUUUCAUCAUGGAGUGACAAAGAGCAGCAAGAACCGCAUAGCUGCUCACCAGAGGUUUGACCCGCUGUUCAAUCAAUUCCAGGAGCUGUGGAUAGCGAGGAUCAACACUUACCGUAAUUUCAUAAAAUCAGCCAGGAACAAAAAUAGAUUUGCUAGCACACUCAUGAGGUGCAGUAUUUGUCACACUUCAUUUUAUGACCUUAGGUUCAUGAUAGGAUCUAAAACAGUAAAUUGUUUU